UUUGGAGAGAAGUUGGAAAAAGACAAAGUGUUGGAAAAUUUUUCGGUUAAUAAAGAAGUAUUAGAAGGAAUUCUAACCGGAGAUGAAGAUUAUUAUCUUUUCGAAGUUCAUGGCAAAAAAUUGUUUUGUGAACAUGGGCUUAUUAACAUAAUAGCAAUUCACAAAAAUACCAAGUUUUUCGAUUAUAAGAGGGAAUUUUUUGAUAAGAAAAGUUCUAAAAGUCAACCUUGCCUUUUACGACUAGAAUAUACAAGUAGUGAUACUGACCGGAGGAUUUUUUUGUCCUUUUUAAAUGGUUUGUUAAUACUUACUAGUGAUAGUUAUACAAUAGACCUAGUUUUGGCUAACGGCCGGAUUGAAUUUCAACUUAGCGACAAGGCAGAUUUUAAUGAUUUGUAUGACGAGCCAUUUAUAGAAGUGGAAGGAGAAGUAGUUAAUAAUGACAGUUUUACGAUACCGCCUCUCCAAAAAAUUAUUUUGGCAACAACCCAAGAAAAAUUUCAGCGUUACCGGAAAAUUCUUGAAACUAAAAAAAGAGGAGAUAGAGUUAUUAUAGAGGACAUAGAUAAUACUAAAAUUUCUUUCCAAACAAGUGAAGGAGGUAUCUAUACGCAACUAGAAAUAGAUACUUGUUGUGGUGAAGACGAUAUAUCACUUUCUUCAAAUGACAGAAAAAAAUCAGUUCCAGUUUCCAAUGAGUCAACCGGAAAAGAAUUAACAACUCCUCAUCCUUCUUCAUCAAUUAUCAUAAGAAAAAUCCAACUGGUUUGUGGGCAAGCCAAGCCGGCUGCCGUGGUUUCUUUAAAUUUUAAAAAAGGGCCGGCGGCUUUUUGUAAGGAGUUUAACGAGAAAACUAAAAAUAGAAACGGCGAACUGGUAAGGGUAAAAGUAACUUUUCAUGGCGACGAUACUUAUGACUAUGAUAUUGGCUCCCCCCCUAGCACUUAUUUAAUAAAAAAAGCCCUUGGUGAGAAAAAAGAAAUUAAUCAAGAAGAAUUAAAAAGAAUAUCUCAACAAAUAAUAACCAAUUUAAAUACUGAUGAUUUAGAAAGAGCGAUGAAAAUUGUAGCGGGAACAGUGCGAAAUAAAUAUAUUGAUAAUAUUAUGGUUAACUCAUUAGGAACAAAUUUCAGUGCGGCAGAAGGUGACCGGGGAAUAAGAGAUAUUUUGUUUUAUUCUGAUAAAAGAAGAUUCGAUGCCCAAUGUGAAGAAGUUGAGUUAAAAAACAAAAUCACCAAGGACAUAACUUACGACCAAUUACAAAAGGAUAAUAAGCGAAAAAAUAUUCUGGGUAAUAUUGAACUUUACCAAAAAAUAUCAGUGUUGGAAGACGAAUUUGAAAAAGAGCAAAAUCCGGAAAUUCGGCAGCGUCGUUUAGCCUUGUUGGCAAAAUUAGAAGAGGCUUUUGAAAUAGAAGUGGGCAAGAAAAAAGAGUCGUUGUCUGAACAAGAAAAGCCCAAAUUGACUGAUAAGGAAGAAAAAGAAAAAUAA